UUCAGCACUCACUCUCUGCAGCAAUGGUCUGCUGCAGACAGAUGACCAGAGGAUCACAGUGCCCAGUGGAACACCAAGAAGAACACAGCUCAAACUGCACGAGAGGCACAGGGACUGUACCAGGCGCUGGGACAGGGGGGUGCUCAUGAUGUGAGAAUAGGAGGGGGGGGAGGGCUGUUCCAUUGCAUGCUGAUGAGUAAGUAAAGUGGCAAGGGGCUUUAAGGUGAACAAUGAUGAGCAAAGACAAAUCUAGGAAGGCCUUUGCACUUCACCUCUGCCUCUUCUUCAUCACGCUCCUCAUCGCUGUCCAGAUCUACAUGGAGUUUAGAAGCCCCCAGUCUUCUUCCUUCCCUGGUAGACUGUCCACUCCCGACAGCCACAGUGUCCCAGACCUGAGUGGAGACCAGAGCAGGAGAAGAUCUGGAGGAAGAGGUGCAAAUCAGGUGGACUUGAGCAGUGACAUGGUUAUCAAGAGUCAGGUGUCAUAUGUGAGGAGUCUGCAGAGGGAUCCAGCAACCAUGACAGCAGUGGGAGGCCCAGAGAGCCCAGAGAAGUUGGCAGACUGUUGCCCUGUCCAGCCCAAGCACAAAAAGUCCCAGCGAUGGCACAUUGACUUGCAGCCUUGGGCCAGUCCAACUCAUUCCUUGGAGGAUGAAGCAAAGCGGUUCCUGGAUUAUAUCACUAGUCCUCAGAUUUCCUGUGGAAAUGCACUGGAGAAAGGAGUGAUUAAUAACCCCUGGAUCACAGGGUCGCCGUGGCUGGCCUGCCUGGAUGGGAGAUACAGCCUGGCUCAGCAAAUUAAGAAGAAGCAAUGCCGAGUGUAUUCCCUGGGGCUGGGGAGCGAGGACAAGCAGUUGGAAGUGAGUUUGGCCAAGGCAGGCUGUGAGGUCCACUGCUUCAACCCCAGUAUCAAAGUGCCACACGUUCAGGAAGCCAAGAGGCUCUGGCACCACCGACUGUCCAUCGACUGGAGGGACCCCAACCCUGCCAUCCCUCCAAACAAACAGCACAGCAACACCAAAAAGCUGGGCGCCAUCUUGAACGACUUUGGCCACAGAAAGAUUGACGUUCUCAAGGCCGAUAUGGAGAGCGCCGAGUGGAAGAUUCUAGAAAACCUGGUUCUGGAGAACAUCAUUGAUGAGAUUGGGCAGCUGUUGUUUGAGGUGCAUCUGCACUGGCCCGGGUUCGAGGUGAGCGGGGACGACAGCACAGUCGUGCGGUACUGGUACAGUCUCCUGAAGGAGCUGGAGAGCAGCCACUUCCGCCUCUUCCACAGCCACAGGGAUGACAGCAAACCACAAGUGUUCCUGCAGAAGAACCUCCUCAACGCCAGCAGCAGCUACACCCUCAGCUGGGUGAACACCAAGUGGAGGCAUCAGUAAGAGUGCAGUCAGAUUGUCCAGGGAAGACAAAGGGGUGGUUGAACCUGGCCUCCAGUGAGACAGGAAAGUGUGGUAAUUUCGCUUGUUCUUGGUGUGACUCAUGCUUGCAGCAGGACUGUGUUGAGGGCAGAACUUUCUUUUUGGAAGAACGCUUUGCAUCUAUCAGUAAACAGUGGAAAGGUAUAAACUGAGAAGAUUAGCAAAAAGAAUUCCAAAUUCAAGCAUGGAAAGACUAGAAUUCACAACUGAAGCAGACUGCAGCCUUGAUCAAGCUCCCCAUUUAUUUGUUUCUCUGCCUUCCUUUGAACUUACCUUAAAUUGUUUUCAGUGAAACCAACAGGCAGCAAAGGUUGCGGAUGUCUAUUCAGCCUGGCAUCGGAAUUCAUGUGACUGGUAAAGCCGCGCUUUGAAUUUAGCUCAGCAUGUGUGUGCACAAGCAGGACGGUUCCCUUGAUGGAGUCACUCUUAAAAAUAAAACCUGCUUGCAAUAGUGUGAUGUGGUGGGGGGCAUUAGUUUAAAGUAUUGUGUCUCCUCUGCAGAGUCCAUAGAGACUCCAGAAGGCAUGGCACAGUACCCCCGCUUCUGAGGGAGGGAUGAUUAUGAAAUGCCAGUGUUUUGUCGUGAAAGUUUUUUUUUGUUUUUUCUGUCUGUUUUUUUUUAAUGCUAACAGAAUGCAGAUGAAUGGAGCCCUUAAAUGGACAUUCUGCCAUAUUUUAAGGUUAGUUUUACAGCUUACAUAGGCUCACCAUCAAAGUGCCAUAAAAGGGUCUGACAAUAUGUUACAAGCAAAUAACCCUCUUUACUGUUUUACUGAUUGUACACUAAAAGCCCAUUCACUACCAGGUGAGCUUGCUUUUAAAUUAAACUUCCUGCAGACUUCUCUCCAUUCACUGAGCUUCAGAUAACUAUUCCAGUGCAAUCUUAUUACACAGCAUGGGCAUUACGUGCAAAAACAUUAUUUCAAAUAAAAUAUUAAUAUC